AUGACCCGUGAUUUACAAAACCAUUUGUUGUUUGAAACUGCUACCGAGGUCUGUAAUAGAGUUGGUGGUAUUUAUUCCGUCUUAAAAUCUAAAGCACCUGUAACUGUUGCACAAUAUAAAGACAGAUAUCAUCUUUUAGGUCCAUUAAAUAAAAAUACUUAUCAAAGUGAAAUUGAAGAAAUUGAUUGGGAAGAUAAUUCACAAUUUCCAAAUGAAUUAUUACCAAUUCAAAGUGCUUUGCAUAGUAUGAAAGAACGUGGUGUUUAUUUUGUUUAUGGUAGAUGGUUAAUUGAAGGUUCUCCACGUGUAAUUUUAUUUGAUUUUGAUUCUGUCAGACAUUUUUUGAAUGAAUGGAAAUCUGAUUUAUGGUCAUUAGUUGGUAUUCCAUCACCAGAAAAUGAUUCAGAGACUAAUGAUGCUAUUUUAUUAGGUUAUACCGUUGCAUGGUUUCUUGGUGAGUUAGCUCAUUUAGAUACUCAACAUGCUAUUAUUGCACAUUUUCAUGAAUGGUUAGCUGGUGUCGCUUUACCAUUAUGUAGAAAGAGAAGAAUUGAUGUUGUCACAAUUUUUACAACUCAUGCAACUCUUCUAGGCCGUUAUUUAUGUGCUGCAGGUGAUGUCGAUUUCUAUAAUAAUUUAGUUAAUUUCGAUGUUGAUCAAGAAGCAGGUAAACGUGGUAUUUAUCAUAGAUAUUGUAUUGAACGUGCUGCUGCUCAUACUGCAGAUGUCUUUACAACAGUUUCACAUAUUACAGCAAUUGAAGCUGAACAUCUUUUAAAGAGAAAACCUGAUGGUAUUUUACCAAAUGGUUUAAAUGUGGUUAAAUUUCAAGCAGUUCAUGAAUUCCAAAAUUUACAUGCUUUGAAAAAAGAAAAAAUUAAUGAUUUUGUUAGAGGUCAUUUCCAUGGUUGUUUUGAUUUUGAUCUUGAUAAUACAUUGUAUUUCUUUAUUGCAGGUCGUUAUGAAUACAAAAAUAAAGGUGCAGAUAUGUUUAUUGAAUCCUUAGCACGUUUAAAUUAUAGAUUAAAAAUGGCAGGUUCUAAAAAGACUGUUGUUGCAUUUAUUAUUAUGCCAGCAAAGACAAAUUCUUUUACUGUAGAGGCUCUAAAGGGUCAAGCUGUUGUUAAAGCUCUUGAAAAUACGGUAUCUGAAGUAACUAAAAAUAUUGGUAAUAGAAUAUUUGAUCAUGCAAUGAGAUUCCCACAUAAUGGUACAACAACAGAAUUACCAACAGAUUUAAAUGAAUUAUUAAAACCAUCGGAUCAAGUCUUAUUGAAGAAAAGAGUAUUGGGUUUAAGACGUCAACCAAAUGAAUUACCACCAAUUGUUACACAUAAUAUGGUUGAUGAUUCAACUGAUCCAAUUCUAAAUAAGAUUAGACAUGUUCAAUUAUUUAAUGCAUCAAGUGAUCGUGUUAAAGUAAUCUUUCAUCCUGAAUUUUUAAAUGCAAAUAAUCCAAUUAUGGGUUUAGAUUAUGAUGAAUUUGUUCGUGGUACUCAUUUAGGUGUAUUCCCAUCUUAUUAUGAACCAUGGGGUUAUACUCCCGCUGAAUGUACAGUAAUGGGUGUACCAUCCAUUACAACAAACUUAUCAGGUUUCGGUGCAUACAUGGAAGAUUUAAUUGAAGCAAAUCAAGCAAAAGAUUACGGUAUUUAUAUCGUUGAUCGUAGAUUUAAAAAUCCAGAUGAAUCCGUUGAACAAUUGGUUGAUUAUAUGGAAGAAUUUACUAAAAAGACAAGAAGACAAAGAAUUAAUCAAAGAAAUAGAACUGAACGUCUUUCUGAUUUAUUAGAUUGGAGAAGAAUGGGUCUUGAAUACGUUAAAGCAAGACAAUUAGCCUUAAGGAGAGGUUAUCCUGAUCUAUUCAAAGAAUUAGUCGGUGAAGAAUUAAAUGAUGAUAAUAUGGAUGCCCUUUCUGGAGGUAAGAAAGUUAAAAUUGCAAGACCUUUAAGUGUUCCGGGAUCUCCAAGAGAUUCAAGAGCUAAUAGUGUUAGUGCUGUCUUUAUGACUCCUGGUGAUUUAGGUACUUUACAAGAAGCUAAUACAGCCGAUGAUUAUUUCAAUUUAAGUGUAAAUGGUAGAGAUGAUGACGACGAUAAUGAUGAUGACGAUGACGAUGAAGAUGGACCUCAUUCAAAAUAUGUAGGCGCCUAA